AUGCUGCAAGCCAUGGCCGCCAGGGAGCCACAGGGGAAAUCAGUUAUCAGGCUGUCGAGAGUGGAGGCACUGUCCUGUUUCAUCUUGAAAUGCUGUAUGGCGGCGUCCAAGGCGGUUUCUUCCGCAGCGAAGACUUCGAUUCUUGUGGAGGCGGUGAAUCUCCGGAAGUUUGCCAACCCUCCGAUGCCGGACGCGGCGAUUGCAAACGCGUUCUGGUGGGCGACGGCUGCUGCGAACCCGUACGACGAUUCCAACACGGAGAUGUACGAGCUGGGGAAUCUGCUGAGCGAAGCGAUCGAGCUGUAUAAGAGCGAUUACGUGGAGUCGCUCCAUGGAGAGGACGGGUUUGAGGCGAUGUCGGGUUUCUUCGAGCAGCUCGAAGGGAUGUUUGAAGCAGAGAAGCCGGAUAUAUUCGCGUUUACGAGUUGA